AAUUGCUUAUAAACCCUAAAACAUCUUAUAAGCUCGUUUAAUAUCUUAUAAGCUUAGUCGAACACCUAUUAAGAAGCAAUCUACAAAUUGUGACAAAUAAAAUUUGUAUUUAACAAAAAAUGAAGAAAAAUAAAUCCCCCGUUGAUUUUUAAUUCCACCCAAAACUGUCAGCAAAUGCAAAACUUUCGUACUUCUCCGAUACUUCGUAAUCAAAUUGUCUUGAUUAAAACCUUUAAAUGAUAGUCUUGUUUAGGAGCAGUAGAAAUCGCAUUGGAUUUACUUUGAAUUGCAGAAGCAUUUCAUCAACAUGCACUGCUAAAUACGAGCCGCCAAUCCAAGAAGAAGACCGUGUUUGGGUAUGCACAAGAUCAACUUUUUUGCAAAUUCAGCAAACCAUCAUUCAAAAAUGUGCGAAAAAGGGAGCGAUUGCGCAAGGGAAGUCCUGCCAUUCACAGAUUAUUCACUUCGGUUUGCAAGCAGACACUUUGACUUCAAACAUGCUGAUCAAUAUGUACUCGAAAUGCGGUGUUGUGGAGUACGCCCGCAAGGUGUUCGAUGAAAUGCGCGUGAGAAGCGUGGUUUCUUGGAACACUGUGAUUAGUGCGUACACUCAUAAUGGAAAUGGAGAAGGGGCUCUGAAGCUUUUUGCUAGGAUGCUGAGAGAAGGGUCCGAGUUCAGCGAGUUUGCGUUGUCGAGUGUGUUGUGUGCUUGCGCAUCGAAGGUUUUAGCAUUCGAGAGCAAACAGUUGCAUGCUUUUGCUAUCAAGACAUCGAUGGAGUCGAACGCGUUUGUGGGCACUGCAUUGCUAGAUGUUUACGCAAAGUGUUGUUUUGUUGAAGAUGCUUAUCGGGUGUUUGAAACCAUGCCGGAGAAGAGUGACGUCACUUGGAGUUCGAUGAUGGCUGGAUUUGUGCAAAACGAGCUUUACGAGGAGGCUAUGGGUUUGUUUCUAUGGGGACUAAGGAAUGAUGUCGAGAUUAAUAUGUUCAGUAUUUCUUCAUUUCUUAGUGCUUGUGCUGCUAUGUCUGCUUUAAUAGAAGGAACGCAAGUACACGCUUUAGUGUACAAAACCGGUUUUGGUGCAAACGAACACAUUGCUUCUUCUCUUGUAGACGUGUAUGCGAAAUGCGGAAGCAUCAAACACUCGUACGCCGUGUUUUCUGAUGCAGAGGGCAAAAACGUCAUUCUCUGGAAUACGAUGAUAUCUGGUUUCGCUAGACACGCCAGGUCUUUAGAGGCCAUGAUAUUGUUCGAGAAAAUGCAGCAGAUGAUGUUUUACCCAAACGAAGUAACUUACGUUUCUAUAUUAUCCGCUUGUGCGCAUAUGGGGUUGGCUGAAAAGGGGCGUAUAUAUUUCGACAUGAUGAAGAAGGAACACAACUUGUCGCCGAAUGUAUUUCACUACUCGUGCAUGGUCGAUAUUCUUGGCAGAACAGGACAAAUUAACGAAGCCAAGGAUUUAAUCGACAAAAUGCCGUUCGAAGCUACAGCUUCGAUAUGGGGGUCGCUAUUAGCUUCUUGCAGGGUUUAUCGAAAUGUCGAAUUGGCGGAGAUUGCAGCUAAGAAUUUGUUCGAAAUCGAACCUAAUAAUGCAGGGAAUCAUGUGUUACUUUCGAAUAUAUACGCAGCGAAUGGAAUGUGGGAAGAUGUUGCAAAUGCGAGGAAGCUUCUUAAAAGUAGCGAAGCCAAGAAGGAGAGGGGUAAAAGUUGGAUCGAAAUUAAAGACAAAGUUCACUCUUUUAUGGUUGCCGAGAGAACUCAUCCUAGAAUCGGCGAGAUAUAUUUAAGGCUGGAUAAAUUAUUUGAGGAGAUGAAGGAAAUCGGGUUCAAAGGCUGUAUCGAACAUGAUUUGCAUGAUGUUGACGACGAUUACAAAAGGGAUUUGCUGAAGCACCAUAGCGAGAAGCUGGCUUUUACGUUCGGGUUGAUGUGCUUGCCUUCUCGUGCGCCUAUACGAAUCAUGAAGAACUUGAGGAUAUGUGGGGAUUGCCACGAGUUUAUGAAGGUGGCUUCGAGUAUUACGGGGAGGGAAAUUAUUGUCCGUGACAAUAAUCGGUUUCACCAUUUUAGUGAAGGAUAUUGUUCGUGUCGUGAGUUUUGGUGAUAGUACCGAGUUUUCAAGAAUUAAAGACGACAAACUCUCUCCGUGUGCAUAGAGAUUAGCGGUCUCGUCUAUCUGUAAAGGUAUUCAGUGUCUCUUAUUCUCUAUGUACAAUAUAGAAUCGAGGAAGAACAUUCCCGAGCUUUUACAUAACUCAGCGCGUCACGGUUUUGACAGAUACAAAAUGCGUCUAGUUCGAAACUAAUUGCUAACUUUGCGAUUCUUAUCAAAACGAACUAAUUGCUAACUUUGCGAGUCUUAUCAAAAUGGUAGAUGGCUUACGGGCUGCUUUCAAUUGAGGAUUCAUUUUGUACUAACAUCCGUUAAAUAUUGCAGAAGCAUCACCACAUCAAGAAAUGCCGUUGUAGGUUAGAUAAAUCUGCACAAGAAGUUGCUUCCUAAACAUCAUCCUGUCAAAAUUCCUAUAUAAAAUAAUCGUAGCACAAACAUAAACAAAAUCUACGAACAAUAUAGAAGAGAUAUAAUUCAGCAAAAACAAAUAGUUCUUAUAUAAACCGUCACUUCGAAAAGAUCAGUCUCGACUAAAACACAAUUAAAACGCCAUUCGAAGAAAUAAACUAAAACAUAACCCUAAACAACCAUCAUAGCCAAAAAACCAGAAAGUUCAAUAAUCCCUCUUUUCCAAA